AAAUUUCUAUUUCGUCAGAUUUUUUUUUUCGUACACAGUUUCCUUUAAUUAAACAAUUUGUUUGUUAUGCAUAAUGGUAAAACAAAUAUUCUUAUGGACAGCUCCAAGAUGCAUUUCAACAGCAUUUGAGAGAUCUAUAAUGGAAAUUAAAGACUGUAAAGUUUUUCAUGAACCUUUUUCGAGGAGCUAUCAUUUUGGUCCGGAACGGCAGAGCCCGCGUUAUCAGAAUCAAGCAAUCCAACUAAACUCAUCUUACAAAGAAAUGGAAAAGCUUAUCACCAAAGAGUACGACGGUAUUGAUUAUAUAUUUUCAAAAGAUAUGGCAUAUGCAAUUGAAAACCAUUUUGAAAUACUCCUACAUAAAGAUCUACGAAAUUUUCAACAUACCUUUCUGAUUAGAAACCCUCGAAAAAGUAUACCAAGUCUAUACAAAGCUUCGGUUAAUGUUGAGCUCACUGGAUGGACGUACUUUGAUAAAACAGAAGCUGGAUUCAAGCAAAUGCACGAUUUAUACUGUUUUGUUAAAGAAAAACUUGAUCAAAAUCCAAUAAUUAUCAAUUCUGACGAUCUGCAGGCCAACCCCGCGCGAACCAUGGAAAGAUACUGCAGCGAAACUGGGCUUCCUUUCAAUGAAAACAUACUUCAUUGGGAACCUACUUCAAAUCCUGAUUGGAACGUGUGGAAUGGUUGGCAUGAAAACGCAUUAAAAAGUACUGGGUUCGAGGUGCGUUGCAGAAAAUCAUUAGCAAUAUUUGAAGAUCUUAAUGAAUAUCCUUCUGAAGUAAAAGAAAGCGUAGCUGAAAGUAUGCCGCAUUAUUUUGAGUUGCAGAAAAAUAAAAUAUGUAUUAGUAAUAUAUAAUAUAUCUAUCGAUUUUAUUUGUAUUGAAACUAACAUAGUUAAUAUACUAGAAAUGUCAAACAAACAAAGAGAUCGUUUCUCUUCAAGAA